GAGGGUCCCAGCAGCGCAACAGAUAGGCAGGGACACAUUAUGCUCUUCGGGUCGCGAGGUCAGGGCGGGCGUACGGGAGUCGUUCUCCGGUGGCCCCCGUAGAUCUCCCUGGGCCGGCCCACCAGGUGCCCGACAACUCUACAAGACGGGGCCAAAGAGAUAAAUGAUGUUUUCUGUCUUCGUUGAGAUCUCUAACAAAGCCUUCACUUGAACUGCUAUUGUGUGUAGCGUAAAUAUUGAACACCCACCGAUUAAGCCAUGUCAACACCACCCAACAUCCCCACCCGCCAACUCGGCCGAGAUGGCCCAACCAUCCCUAUCUUGGGCCUCGGCCUCAUGGGUCUGAGCUCUUUCUACGGGACACCCCCUCCCGAUGAGGAACGCUUCAAGCUCCUCGACCGGGCUCACGAGCUCGGCUGUGUGCACUGGGAUUCAGCCGCCCUGUAUGGGGACAGCGAGGACCUUCUGGGCAGGUGGUUUGAGCGAACCGGAAAGCGGGAGGAUAUCUUCCUAGCCACCAAGUUCGGUAACUACGUCAGGCCCGACGGCGGUCGCGAGUUCAGAAACGAUCCCGAAUUCAUCCGCGGUGCCGUGAAAGAGGCUUUGGGGCGCCUAAAAACGGGCUACAUUGAUUUGCUAUACUGCCACCGUAUUAGCGGCAAGACUCCCAUCGAAGACGUGAUCGAAACGCUCAAGGAGUUCGUCGACUCCGGCCAAGUCCGCUCCAUCGGCCUCUCCGAAUGCGGCGCCGACACCCUCCGACGCGCCGCAGCAAUCCUCCCCAUCCGCGCCUACCAGAUCGAGUACAGCCCCUUCUCAAUGGACAUCGAACAGCCACCCCCACCCGGCAGCAACAACAACAACAACAACAACAACAACGACGACGGAACCAGCCUCCUCCAAACCUGCCGGGACCUGGGCAUCGCCGUAGUCGCCUACUGCCCGCUCGGGCGGGGCAUGCUAACAGGCCGGUACACCUCCCCCGACGACUUCGCCGCGGGCGACUUCCGCCGGGCCGUGCCGCGCUUCUCGCCCGACAACUUCCCGCGCAACAUGGCGCUGGUGCGGGAUAUGGAGCGGGUGGCGGCGCGGAAGGGGUGUUCAUCUGCGCAGCUGACGCUCGCGUGGCUGAUGCGGCAGGAGGGCGUGUUUCCGAUCCCGGGGACGAAGAGGGUGGCGUUUUUGGAGGAGAAUCUCGGGGCGAAUGCGGUGUUUGCGGGGAUGACGCGGGAGGAGGAGAGGGAGAUUCGGGAGGCGGUCGAGAAGGCGGAGGUUUGGGGGACGAGGUACCCUGAGGCGAUGAUGGGUGGGCUGGUGAAGGAUACGCCGCCGAGGGAGUAGCUGGGUGGUUGGGGCGAGGGGUAUGGCUGCGAGAUGGAGAGAUUGAGUUUGGGGGGCUCUCUGCUCGCCACUGAAGGAUAGUUAUAUAUCCACUAC